CCAACCAACGAAACAGCCUUCCCGUCACAGACGCCGCCGCCUCCUGGAGACCUGGAAGGUCGCCGCCGUCGACUUCCACCGGAUCCCUUCUGGUGCCGCCGCUCCUGCAGGACUCGUCGUCCCACCGCAACCUAGCGAAUCCGCGACCUCUCCCGCCCACCACCAGUCUUCCCCUGCCUCCGCCCACCACACCGUCCCAGUCACAGAGAAGGGAAAAGAAGAACCUCUUUCCGGCAGGGCUGUUUCUUCCCGAUGCUCCGGAUUGCCUCUCGCUCGGGUUUGCUUGGUGGCAGGAGAUGCUACAGCGCCGCCGCGAAGGGCGGCCUCUCAAUCAGUGGCGUAAGUGACAUCAUUGCUGUCGCUUCAGGGAAAGGCGGCGUCGGCAAGUCCACCACUGCAGUUAACAUUGCUGUAGCACUUGCGAAGGAGUUUAAGCUCAAGGUUGGUUUGCUAGAUGCUGACAUAUAUGGACCAUCCAUUCCCACAAUGAUGCAUCUGCAUGAAAAGCCUGAAGUAAGUGAAGACAUGAGGAUGAUUCCAGUUGAGAACCAUGGAGUGCGAUGUAUGUCCAUCGGAUUUCUUGUAGACAAAGAUGCACCAAUCGUUUGGAGAGGUCCUAUGGUAAUGAGUGCUCUUGAGAAGAUGACAAGGGGAGUAGCCUGGGGUAAUCUAGAUGUUCUUGUUGUUGACAUGCCCCCCGGCACUGGUGAUGCUCAACUAUCAAUGUCCCAAAGGCUUCGGUUAUCUGGUGCUUUAAUUGUUUCUACUCCUCAAGACAUUGCUCUAAUUGAUGCUAGAAGAGGAGCAAACAUGUUUCGUAAAGUCCAAGUUCCUAUUCUAGGCUUAGUAGAGAACAUGAGUUGCUUCAAGUGCCCAAAGUGUGGUGAGAAGUCUUACAUUUUUGGGGAAGGUGGAGCUCAGAGAACUGCAGAAGACAUGGAUAUGAAGUUUCUGGGCGAGAUACCUCUUGAAAUUGACAUCCGAACUGGUUCAGACGAAGGCAAACCAAUUGUGAUAUCAUCACCCGACUCUGCAUCGGCGCAAGCCUACCUGCGUGUUGCUGAGAAGGUGACACAGAGACUCAAGGAGUUAGCCGUGGAGCGACUGAUGGGCCCAGAAAUUUCACUUUGAGAAUGUGCCGGCCUACAUGUAUCAUCUUUCUUCGUUUUAUCUCUGUCCAACCAUUUAAGUUUAAAAAAAUCCUUACGGUAAGCCGUGUUCUUACUCAAACAGAUGAGCUCACUGGUUCGGCUGGGAAUUCUUAAAUAAACCUUUGGUACCACGUGUCUUUUGAUAUGUGUGUGUGCGUGUGUGUGCCCCUAGUUUCUGUAUCACGUAUUUCUUGGAGGAAUUGUAGACUGUUUUGCCAACACAUUGAUGUACAAAAUGAUGUCAGCAACCUAGAGAAA